AUGGCCGACGUGACUCCCCAGAAGCGGACACUUCCCGCCCGAGAGCGACGGGAAUCUGCAGCGAAGCGAAGAGCGUUGUCGCCGGCGCAACCUCCAUCGAGCACGUCCACUCCCGCCGACCAGAAACCAUCCACGGCCGCCUCAACGCCUGCUCCUGGCCGAAAGACAGGGUACACACGCGGGCCGUAUAAGAAGCGGGCCAGCUUGAUUCAAGCUCAGACUCCUGCCUCCGGUUCACGCUCAUCGCCGUCAGUCUCGACCUCCGGAGAUGCCUUGCCAACCCGCGUUAUGGCGCACAAGCCGUUGCCUGCGACGAAAGAAAAGCAGCCUUCGAAGCUGUCCGUGAAGGAGUACCAAUCUAUUGCUGAGAGCACCAUUUUGGCCGCCUCCUUGUACCAAUCCCGCAUACAAUGGCUGUACAAUGGCAUCUUCCAGAAGUACUAUGUCAAGAAGAGGAAGGGCGUCGAAGUGCCUCCUAAUAACCCAGAUGUCAAGUCAAUGCAGCGCUUAGGUCCUGCCACAAUAAUUGUCGAACCUCAUACCUUUGAUGUUAUCUUUUACGCGGUCAAGGAUGCUACGGUACCUCCGCCCUACCAACGCCAUGCAAAUCAGCACACCGUCAAACAGAUGGGCCCUCCGGGGCACCCUCCGCCAUAUACAGGCCUCCCUCCCCAGGCCCCAUACCAACAGCCCCAGACCCCGCCAACAGUUUCCAAUCGCCCUUCGGCCACCGUGCCUCCGAUUCCUGCGCAGUCUGCGCCUACACAACGGCCUACACCCCCAAAGCCCACUGAGGAUGGCGCUCUUGAAGGCCCAGGCAAACAUGAAGAUAAGGCUCACCCUACAUCUGCUGGCCUUCCAGCAGCACAGACGCCAAAUGCGGGGCAAAAUCAAGCGCCACAACCUGGUCCAAAGCCCAGUCCAGCAGCACCCGCGAAAGGAAGUACACAAGAUCCCGUGAUCCAGAUGCUUGCUGCCCGCGCCGCGUCGGAUCCACAGUUGAAGGAGUUGAUGAAGAUUGUGGCUACUUCCAGGGCGUCGCCGGAACAGCUGAAGGAGUUCCAGUCCCACAUUGACGAGUUCAACGAAGUGAUUCGGCGGCAGGAAGCUGCGCGAGUCGCUAAGAAAGAAGGACCACCUAGCCAGCCGUCGUCGACUAAGCCUGUACCGGAAGCCUCUCAACCUUCACCCGAUAUGCCAUCCAAGCCCGCUACACCGAGUUCACCAGCUGCACCAGCAGCUACCAUGCCACUGACACAACCUGCCGUGCAAAAUGCUCCUCAGAUGCAGCCACGUCAGUCAGCCCCGGCUGCCACACCUGCAGGCCCACCGCCGGCACCAGGGGCAUUACCCGGAGUCGUGCAUACGUUUCCAAAUCCACCUGCGCCGGUUGGUCGGGGGGGUCCACUCGCUGGCUAUGUUGGGUAUCCUGCUCCACCCCCAGGCCGACCAGAGUCUUUCAUCAAGCACAUUGUCCUGGAAUUUACCAGUGUGCCAGCAGGGGGUCUGGCUGCUUGUCCAGACAGAUGGCUGUUUCCCGAACAUGCAGUGCUGGACAUGCGGCCGAAUGGACUAGACAUGAUCUGCUCCUUCUUGGUAGAACUGCAAGGUUCGCAGAUCAUGUCCCGGGCCGGCGCUGAGCCGUCUGCAGGCAAGGGUGAGACGGAAGGCAAAUGGCAAGCAGACCAGGAAUAUUAUCAGCCAGUGACCAUGACGGUUAAAGCGCGAGAUCACAAAAUCAUCCAGACGAUCGCCAAAGCCGCAAAGACACUACCGGCAGUCCAAGAGUACAUGAAGGAAGUGAUGAGCAAGAAACAGCGGGCCCCGGUGGAAUAUCUGGUGCAUCGAUUGCCACGCGAAAGGAGCCAUGUGGGCGCGGAUGGCACGGAGACUGGGUUUGUGGACAGCGGCGUGGACCUUGGCAGCGAUUCUGCAUCAGACGACGACGAAUUGAAGGACUGGUAUGGCAUAUGA